AUGCCAAUCGUUUUGCACGAGGCCCGGGCCUUUCGGCGAUGCACCGCACCGUAUCUCCCACUCAUCUUCCGCAACUGGAAUCGGCUGGUGCUGGUGCCGUACCGCUUAGCGAUGUGGUGCGUGCACUUUAGUACCUUGAUCUGUGUUACACAAGGCAGCGAUCGCAUGAUUCGCGUCUCCUCCCUGGCGCUCGGCUACGCGGAGGCGGACUACGUCUUCCUGCGACAGGUCACAAACCUGUGCCUUGCCACCAGCUUCCUCUGCUUGCUCUUCAACCUUUGGGGCGUCUUGACGAGUCGCACGCUUCGCUUCGGUGUCGACAACUGGUUCCAGGGCACCUGCCAUGGCGCGGCGGCGGUGCUGUUGAUUGCGUCGUGGCAGGCCACCGCGCACAUCGCACGCAUCUGGCAGGUGUUUUACAUCUUUUCCAUCAUCCCCACCGGCAUCGAGGCCAUCACGCUGGGGCACUCCUACUGGAGCGGGAUGGAGUUGUUUUGGUAG